AACUUGUUUAACCAUGAAGAUUACAACAGUAGACAGCUCAAAACAUCUKUUAAUGAUAAAAUAAAUCUAUGUGAUUUUAAUAGGCUAGAAUUUAAUAUUGUAGACAAAAAUACUUUGUUAGUCAAAGAAAAAAAAAAAAAAAGUAUUGAUGAAAGAACUAUUUUGUUAAACUCAUUAGAAGAUAAAAUAGAUCAACAACUAAAAAAAUAUGAUAAAAUACUUGAAACAUCAACCCUUUCCAAAUCAACUGUAAAAAACAAGAGUGAUAAAGAAAAACAAUUAUUAAAUUCCUCAACAAAAUGCAAUAAAUCAAAUAGUGAGGAAAUUUUAAAUGAUGUCAAUGAUAUUAAAGAAUUUGAAUCUAAAGAGAAGAUAACUCAAAUGCUACAAUCACUAAAUACCUCAACAAAAUGCAAUAAAUCAAAUGUUGAAGAAAUUUUAAAUGAUUCCAAUGACAUUAAAGAAUUUCAAUCUAAAGAGAAGACUACAUUAAGUUUAACAAAACAAUAUCUAGAAUCAUUUGAAAAAGAAAUUGCAAAAGAAAGAGAGAUCAUAAGUGGAAAUAUAAAUAAUAAUGAUAUGGAUUUAGAAUAUGUCUAUUUGGAUAUAUUAAAUGAUGUUAAUAUGAAUGCAAGUGUAAUGGAAGUUCAACCUACAUGUGAUACAAAUAAUAGUUUAAAAGCCGCAUUGUUUUCGGUAAAACAUAUCUGUGUAGAACUGGAUGAUCAUUAA